UAUCAGCCAAAAUUCGGUAUGAUGAAGUCCUAUGAAUCAUGUCCUUAUAUUGUUCACAAACUUUGAAGCAGCGAAGAAGUAACCGAGAAACUGUGUGCUUAUAGUCUUGUACUCUUUUUCUUGGAAUCUUCCUUUCCUUCAUAGUUCCGCUGGUCAUCAACCAGUUAUUUUUUAUUCUUAAUUAAUACACCUUUCGUGUGAACAUGGAGAUCAGUGGUAGUAGCAAGAAGAGGAAGAUAAUUUGCUGUGAAGAGGAUGAAGAAAAACAAAAAGAAGAUGAAGCGAAAAUGGAGACUUUCUUUACUCUGGUGAGAAGCAUGCGCGAGACACAAGAGCGUUGGAAGAACAAAAUGAAUGAAGAUAGAAAGGAGAAAAAUAGAGUUGUUGCUGUUUGGAAACCUACGUUUCAACUUGAAGAUUUUGCAGAAGAGGGUGCUGCUGAUCAGAGUGAUCGAUGCCGAAACCGAGACCCUAGGGUUGAGAUAUUAGAAGGUGUGUCGACUGAGAGCAAUAAUAAUAAGGAAGAUGAUGCAGAAAAGGGUAUUGACUUGAAGCUUUCACUUUGAUAAUGGUGCUGCAUAUGCACCAAGUGACCGUAGCUAGAUAUUCUGCUCGUGUGUGUGAUGUAAAUCAUGUAAUAUGUAAUGUUUGCUUACCUAAUUGUUUUAGUAACGCAUUCUCUAUAAUUAACUUUAAGUUAUUUAAAGGAAUGUUUGUGUUUCUCUCAUUUCAAUAAAUAAAUAAAUACCCUUUCAAUCGUCGGUAGAA